AUGGCUCCCAUGAAGCCAACCCAUCGCCGCCGCCGCCGCCGCAAGCCGUGGACGACGACGAGGAAGAGCAGGCCGCACAUGGACCCCGACUUCCACGAGGUCCAGGAGAUUGUGGGCGAGGCCGACGACGAGCGUGGCAAGUGGUAUCUGGUAAGGUGGGUCGGCAUUGAUCCUGAAACGAACGCGCCUUGGCGGCCCGAUUGGAUCCAUGAAUGCGGUGUGUUCGCCCCCGAAUGUCUCGAGAGGUGGGAGGUGGAGAAGGAGUCCAGUCUCUAUAAGAGAUCCUGUCUCCGUAUCACCAUCCCGAAGCGAAUACCUGGUCGUGCGCCGUUGUCGCUCCAAGAUGAUGCCAAACAUGCCGCGGGGACCAAUGUAAAAGAAGACGUACCCGCAUCCACUCAUCUUGACGGAUACAGAGCCGGCGACGUCGGUAUCCCCAUCUUUUACGAGGGAUGCUCAGAACAGCCUAAGAACUUUGCGAUGGACAUUGACCAAAAGCAGCACCGAGCCCCGGAAUCGCACACAAGCGAUGCAGCCGAUCCCAGACCCCUGGAAGGUGACGGGUCUGAUUCAGAGGAGGAUGUCCUGCUCUACCCUUCAGACGACGGUGCGCAUCCCUUGUUCUACCGCCAUCCGCCAUCGCAAAGUGACGAAACAGAACUUUCAGAACUUUGCCAAGAUCGCGCGGAAACCGGCGCCGACUUCGUCCUGGACGAGUUUGAGGCGCUCGUGCCGAUCACUUAUGCGCCUGUGUCGAACACUUCCGACCCGCCCGAUCUCGUGGGUGGAGCCCUGACUCCAUCACGACAAGGGAGCUGUGGCGCGUCGAUGGCCAGCCAGGUCCCCCAGAACUUCGACGGGGACCUUACAACGGUGAUCCCCGCAGCGGCCAUCGCGGUGCAGCCGUCCUUGAGCCCCGCCGGGCACGCUAUAUCUGCGCUGCCGGCACCCGUCAUCGAUUCCCAGCCGGUCAGACCCAGCACAACCACGGAAGGCGACGACCAUUCGGUAGAGGUACAGGGAUUACCCGUCGACGCGCUGCAGCUCCCCGACGAGUCGGACUCGCUACUCUAUCCGGAUGAGGACACCCCCGACGAGGCCGACGCGAGCUCCCUGCACGCCAUCACCACCGCCGCUACUACCACCUCCAGCGAUAAGAACAACGACCCCGGUCUUGGCGCCGACUCUGGCGCCGUUGACCAGCAUGGCAUCCCUAUCGAGCCUGCGCGGACGUCGGUGGCAGAGCGACCUCAGAUCCAUUUCUCAUUCGGGCUCGGAGCGCGAGGCGCCGACUCUGAUCCCUUUGGGUCCUCUUGGACGCCGCCCUUCUCCCAGCAUCAACUCGUAGCCUGAGUGCCUGGAAAACAUAUUGUACGAAUACGACGGAGUCGAGUCUGCGGAACUGCUCUUUUUGAUUUCUUGGUUCUACUGGCAACUAAUGUCUGUCCGUAACUCUCGUCCGACCCGCUAUCGUCGCGUCUCGUUCGCUGUGUAUGAUCAAGUCGGGUGUCCUCCUGCUACUUCCGCGCUUCAUCUCCUUGCUCUGAAUUGUUGUUUGUUGUUUGUUGACAUGCUCCUCGAACCUGUUGUCUGGACAUGUUAUAUCAUAUCGUGUAUUUUAACCAUCCC